GAUGUUGACAAGGGAGAAGGAGGAUUAUAUCAAAAUCACUGAACCAUACUUACGUUAAUAUGAAACUGGUAAUGUAUUUGCAAAUACUUAAAGCGUGAGUUAACUUUGUAUAUCUUCAUUUUAUCAGGAAGGAGAAGUAAAACAAAAACUUGGAACGCAACAGGAAUAUGCGGUGCUUUCAGAAUUAAUUGAUGAAUUAUUUGAGCAUUGCUCUAAGAUGCUUUAAGAGAUAAACCAGGAGAAAUGAAAAAAAAUAGUAACGGCUAAGUUAAGGAUUGCAGUUGAUGAGAAAUUCUAUUGUUUAUUUAAACAUUAGAAUUUAUAGCUCCAUUUCUACUACUUUCUGCAUAUACAACUAAUGU